CGGGGAAGCGAGUCCAAGCUUCCGCCUGGCUCGGUGAUUGGACGGACCGGUGACAGCACGCAAUCUGAUUCGCUGGCAGGUUGCCAUGACAGCCAGGGGCGUGCCCGGGUGUCAGGCAUGGAGCGCUCUCCAGGCUCAGGGUCGGCGGUCCGGAGGUCCAGGCACGGUGGGACCGGAGCUGGAUCGAGCCAUGGCGGGGGCCGGUGGGAGGAGAAUGGCGGCAGUGACCGGAAGACGCCGCGCAGCAGCGGCCGGAGCUUGGUGUUCGGUACCGGCAUCCUCGCUGUGCUUCUGCUAUAUGCGCUGGGGAUGUGGGGGCUGGUGCAUCUCUCCCUGCGGCAGCUGCUCACACCGGGCACCCGCAGCACCGACUUCAACGCGACCAGCGCCAGGAUAUAUUUGGAACACAUAACGGCUAUUGACUCCAGGACAGUGGGGAGCCCUGCCAAUGAAAUCCAUGCAGUGAACUACAUAUUAGACAUGAUCAAGGAGAUCAAGCAGAAGAGCAGCAAAGUUCACAAAAUAACAGUUGAUGUACAAAGGCCAACAGGAUCCUUCAGCAUUGACUUCCUUGGCGGUUUCACCAGUUACUAUGAUAACAUUACUAACAUUGCUGUGAAAUUUGAACCAGCCAGGGAGGCCCAGCACGCUGUGCUUGCCAACUGCCAUUUUGACUCCGUAGCCAACACCCCAGGUGCCAGUGAUGAUGCUGUAAGCUGUGCAGUUCUGCUUGAAAUCCUGGCUUCUUUAUCAAGUACAUCUGUCCCCUUGAAACAUGCAAUCAUCUUCCUUUUCAAUGGCGCGGAAGAAAAUAUCCUUCAGGGCAGUCAUGGAUUCAUCACCCAGCAUCCAUGGGCCAAGAUGGUUUGUGCUUUCAUCAACCUGGAGGCUGCAGGAGUAGGAGGAAAGGAGCUGGUGUUUCAGACUGGCCCAGAAAAUCCGUGGUUGGUGCAAGCCUAUGCAGCGGCUGCUGUUCAUCCUUUUGCAUCGGUGGUGGCUCAGGAAGUGUUCCAGAGCGGCAUUAUUCCCUCUGAUACAGAUUUCCGUAUAUACAGGGAUUUUGGAAAUAUUCCAGGCAUUGACUUGGCUUUCAUUGAAAAUGGUUACAUUUACCAUACAAAGUAUGACACAGCAGACAGGAUUCACACAGAGUCUAUACAGAGAGCAGGUGACAAUAUACUCGGGAUCUUAAGACAUUUGGCGUCCUCACCCCUGCUUGCUGAUUCUUCAGAGUUCCGCCAUGGGAACUUGAUCUUUUUUGAUGUGAGCGGCAUGUUUGUCUUGUCUUAUCCAGCUCGCAUCAGUACCAUUAUAAAUUACAUAAUCGCAGCAAUUCUACUGUUUUACCUGAGUAAAAAGACCAUUAAAUACAAGCGUGGGGGUACGAACUACGCACGAGACCUCAUGAUUGGACUAUUCAUUAGUGUAACCAGUUGGAUUUCAGCACUAGUAAUGGUCCUGAUUAUUGCGGUGCUGGUUACACUCACUUCAAAUGCCCUAUCGUGGUAUACGCAUUUUUAUGUGUCCGUGGUUCUGUACGGGGCCGCUGCUGUAGCCAAGGUUGUGCUAAUACACACGUUGGCCAAAAAUCUCUACUUUGCUAAUACAAGUAGCCAGUAUCUGGGAGAUCUAUUCUUUGAUGUUUCUUUAUUAUCUUGGGGCAUUCCAAUGGUUCUCUUGACACAGAAGGGUCUGUGUUCUGCUUAUUUCUUUGCCAUGUGGGUGAUUUUUCCAUUGAUCACAAAGCUGUUUGUGCAACGAGAAUCUGUGCAUCAAGGUUCAGCCUAUAAAUACCUUGCAGUGUAUCUGCUGGGAUUAUUCUUCCCGUAUCUGCAUACCAUGUAUCAUGUAUGGGCAGUGUUUGAGAUGUUCACCCCUAUUUUCGGCCGCAGUGGAACUGAAAUUCCCCCAGAUCUUGUGAUGGCCGCCUUUCUUGCUGUAUGCACAGUCACUCUGAUGUCUUAUUUUAUCAAAUUCAUUUAUCUUGUCAAGAGCACCAAAACACUUAUGACCUGGUUGGCUAUUGUGUCUGGUGUGACAUUCGUCCUUGUAUGCAGUGGUCUGUUCUUUCCUUACAGUGCAAGUAUGGAUAGCCCCAAGCCAAAGCGGAUCUUCCUGCAGCACACAACACGGACUUUACACAACUUGAAUGGAGAGGUGAUAAAGAGAGAUUCUGGGAUAUGGGUAAAUUGCUUUGAUUACAGUGGAUUAUUACACAUCACGCCUCAUAUACCUGAAUUAAAUGACACUGUCAGAGCCCCGUGUGUUGACGGUCCAUACUGUGGAUUCCCAUGGUUUUUGCCUGUUCAUUUUUUGAUCAGAAAGAACUGGUAUCUCCCUGCCCCCCCACCUCCUGUUUCGGAGCACAUGGAUUUUAAACUAGUAUCCAGGGAACCAAUGCCCUGGGGUUCAACACGCCUGAAUUUUGAAGUUAAAGGGCCCAGUCACAUGACAAUAUAUAUGCGCCCACAUGAUAUGUCAGUGCUGUCUAGCUGGUCCUUGGGUGAUGGGACACCGGUAGCUGACAAUGAUGGGGACUAUUUUAUAUAUUAUUCCCAUGGCCUUCAAGCUCCAGCAUGGCAAUUCUGGAUUGAAGUUAAGGGUGUGGAUGGAUAUCCUGAUGGAAUGGUGACAGUUGCAGCAGCAUCGCACUAUUUCUUUGGGCCAAAUCAGGCUUCUCCUCAGCUUGAGUCUUUACUGCAAAGAUUCCCAGACUGGAGUUUCCCAUCCAGCUGGGUCAGCACAUAUGAGCAGUAUGUCUAUUGAUGUCUCACAUAGCACAGUCUGUGCAUGUAAUAGAACCACUGUGAUCAUCUACAGAAAUGAUGGGAAACAUAUCUGCAUGGACUCUCGUCUAAUGUAGAACAAUAAUAAAGGAAUGGACCAUGGUAGUUAGUUGUUCUGUUGUUGAUUUAUGCUUAGGGAUAUGGGCGAUCUAAUGAUGAUGAAACUGCACUGAACUUUUUCUAGUCUGAUAUGGACAAUAAGUAAAGAGGGAAUAUUCCAGAGGGUAUCCUGUGUGUUUUGGACUAUUCAAACCUUGAACGAAGAGGAAUAUUUACCUAUGGAGUUCGAAUAUUUUUCACACUGGAAAUCACUGUUUACAUAAAAUAUUGAGGUCUUACUUAAUGUUCAUUUUGUCUCUUGUAAUGUUCAUACUGUUUUCUGGGACACAAAACAAUAAUAUAUGUCCAAUUCUGUUUUGAAAGGCAGCUGAUAUUGUACAAUGACGAUAAUGUUCUAGUAAAAUUGAAGACAGCCUAGCAUUGACGGCAUCGCCCAAGGCUGUGCUGGGAGGACUUUGCAGUAGGCUUGCUGGGGAGGUUUGCUUUAAAUAAAGAAUCAUUUUGCAAAAGA